AAAGGACGAAGCGGGCUAUUGUUGGCGAGAGAGGUCUGUCUGUGCUGCGCUGUGAGUGGGUCUCUGCUCUGUCGGCCUCCCCCGCUUUCAUUGUCGUCGUCGUCGUCGUCGUUGUUUCGCAGCUUCUCCUAAAGCCCUCAAAAGCUCGACCGAAUCGCGCGGCGCACGCAAUCGGCCUCGAUCGGGGCUCUCAGAUAGAAGAAGACGAACAAGACUCAGCAGCAGCAGCAGCAGCCGAGAGGCGCAGGACGCGGAGCCAGGCCAGCGAGCAAGAGCAAGAGCUAGAGCGAGAGAGACAGAGAGAGAGAGAGAGAUACGACGAAAGACGGACGGAGGAAGUGAACGCUCGUGAGUGAGUCAGAGGGAGCGAGAGGGAGAGAGAGAGGGAGGGAAAGGGAGAGAGGAGCUACUUUCCAGAACAUUCGGCCAUUAUUCUGCAAGCUCGCCGCAGCGGUCUCCUCUAGAGGAGUUCAUAGUGCUCACUACUGCUACUACUACUACUACUUACUACCACACCGCCUCUACUCUGCUCACUGCAUCCAUCGUCGGGCGCGGGCGGGCGUUGGAGGGGAGGGCAGGCAGACAGGCGGGCGGGCGGGCGGGCGGGCUGGUGGUGUGCUGUGCAGGCUUGAGGAGGCUUUGCUUUUAUUGAUCGAUAGCAGUUGUUGUGCUGGUAGCUGCCACUGCUGCUUGGUUGCCGCGCGCGGGCGGACGACAAGCGGAGGGGGAGCGGACGAUCGAGCCGAGCCGAGAGAGGAGACGAGAGAGAGAGAGAGAGAAAGAGAGCGAGAGAGCGAGAGAGAGGGAGGGAGGGAGGGAGGGAGUUGACGAGGGUUUCGAGGGAGUUGAAGAGAGAGCGAGAGGAGGAGGAGGGAUUUGUUUGUGUGCGGGCACUUGUUGUGUUGUGUAGUGUGUGAGGGUUAGGUGGUGUUUUUCUCCGGUCGGGGAGACGCGGAGCAGUCCCGUGUGUGAAGGCACGGGGCGACGGACUAAGUCUACCUUGGGAUCCGACCAGCUGGAGCGCGUGUGGUUGGGAGCUGCAGAGGAUCUGAGUAGAAGGCUUGAUUAGGCGUCCAGGGAGUGAAGCGUCGGUUAGAUUGUGGUUGCGUGCGGAAGGCUCGCAUGCGACUCUUGCUUUCAAUGUUGUAUGAAAAAGGGCUCUAAGAGUAUCGAUAACUCGAAUCAAGCUCACCGCCUGCCUAGUUUCUCCCUCUUUCUUUCGGCAGCGGAUCAGAAAUUUCCUCGAUCGGUUUCCAGGAAGUAGAAGGGCCGGGGGUCUUGUUUAGGAGGAUAUUCAGGGAUAAGACUGCUUCAGUAACCUCCAACGAUCGCAGCCAUGCCCGGUGAACGCGAACUCCUGAGUAUCCAGCCCGGCGAACUCAAGUUUCCAUUUGAGCUGAAGAAGCAAAUAUCAUGUUCUUUGCGUCUUGUGAAUGCAACGGACAACUUUGUUGCCUUUAAGGUAAAAACUACUUCUCCGAAGAAAUAUUGUGUUCGUCCAAACACUGGACUAGUGCUGCCUCAGAGCAGCUCCGAUGUCACAGUUACGAUGCAGGCGCAGCGGGAAGCACCCCCUGACAUGCAAUGUAAGGAUAAAUUCUUAGUUCAGAGCGUCUGUGCUCCAGUUGGAACGUCGGCUAAAGAUGUCUCGCAGGAGCUGUUCAGUAAGGAAUCUGGGAAGGAAAUUCAUGAAGCUAAGUUAAGAGUUCUGUAUGUCGCACCACCUCAACCCCCUUCACCUGUUGCUGAGUCAGCAGAGGAAGGGUUAUCACCGAAGGCCAUUUCUAUUUCGGACAAUGGAGAUCGACACUUCUUGUCUCAUGAUGCGAACUCAAAGGACGUCAAUGAAAUGAAGGCAAAGCUUACUGAGUUAAGGGCGUCCUUGAGUACUCUGACAUUAGAGCGUAAUUCAGCUCUGGAGUUGAGCCAGCGACUGCAGCAAGAACUGACGAAUAUGGUAGCGGUCAUGGACAAGAGAAAUGCUGGGAAAGGCUCAUCUCAAGCUGUUAAGGGGCAACAAUCACAGGGCUUUUCCUUUUUGUUUGUCUUCAUUGUGGGUAUUCUGGGUAUCUUAGUUGGGUAUUUCAUGAGCCCUUGAUGGAUCUCAGAAUCUGUCAGACCUUUGAGGGGCCAGGAGGUUUGAUUGUGUCAAACAAGUUUGUAGGGAGGGCAUCCAUUUAAAAUUGAAUAUUCGUUUUUAUUGUGUCUGUGGGUGUCUCUAGUUCUCACCAGAGACAAACAAACUUAGUUGAAAGGCGUACGGUACAUUCAUCGUCAGGACGUCGGACUUUCCUUGUGCUGGUAUUGUUUCCAAGUCGAUCGCUAUGAACAGGAGUUUUUUCUAAUGCUCCAGGGUGCUUAUUACCAAAUGUUAAAAGUGCGGCGACGAUGAAACAUAGAGAGCAUCUCUUGUCCGCUGGCAGUGUCUGGGAGGGGGUGGGGAUCUGUUCUUGAUGGCGUGACCCAUGUGCCUAUCAUAUGCAGGUGGUCUUACUCCAUAUGUUUUGGCUAGCGCUGGUCGUUGAAAAACUGUAGGAUCCAGCUGAAUGCAACGUAGACGUAGAAGCAUCGGAAUUCAAUACAAGCUAGCCUCGUGAGGAAGGAGCCGUGGCCAUUUUCAUCCUCGGAGUUUAAUUUUUCUUGUGAAGGCAGUGAAGCAGUGGUCAUAUUCUAUGAUGUAAUAUAAGAUGUAGUGUUUUAAGCUUUGCUUGCGGCCUUUCAUCUUUUGCACUUCCCUGGACCGUGAGGAAGUGGGCAAUUUGAAGCGACCAUUCCGGUCUUUUGUGAUCAUUAUCUGGUUGUAGAUGAUCUAUUAUGGUCAACCUGUUUAUAUCGGUCGUUUCUAUCAUCAUUGAUUUUGAUAUACCUUGUUGACUCGCCAUCCAGAACCGCGCAGACAAGAAAAUCUGAGAUGAGAAAUCUAGGGCUGUUAUUGCUUCUGCGCCAUCCCCGAAUGUAUUCUAUGCCUACUUCGGUAUUGAAUGGCAGGGAUGAAAGCUUGCAGAUAAUCAGAAGGAGAGGGAAAAAGGCCUAUUGCUCGUUUAAGUAGACCAAGUGGCACGGUAAAUGUGAACUAUGUGGUUUACUUUCCUGGGCGUCUUCCUGAGGAACCUCUCGAGUAUUUAUAAAGAUGGUCACUAUUCUAACG